CAUAGACAUAGUUCAGAUAACGAUAUAUGUUCCUCUUGGAGUAGGUAAUACAUAACAUUGGGCGUCAAUUUGCCUCGAAAAUCCUUAUGUAAAUAUAUAGCAUGACGGAUGUUGCGUUGCAAUACAACAAAUUAAGAUCAGCUCGCUUCCUUAAACGUUUAUUUUAAGAUUCAUCGAGAAGCCGACUUUGAAACAGUCUGGAAGUCUAGUGAAGUUUAAAGACAAGUAGCCCGUUGACAGAAGAUCAUUUUAAAGCGCUCAUAUACAUUCCAGUGACUGAUAGAAUUGAAGAAGACGAAGAAGAGUGAAUAUCAAAUAUUGAUUUUUACUUCAAUCAAGUAAGUUUGAUCGAUUGGUCAAGUAAAGCCAUCUUACAUCAUGUUAAUUUAAUUAAAAAACCUGAUUAGUGACUUCUACAUUUAAGCGGAAAUGAUCAUUUUAAUAUAAUGUUCUAAUUCUAUAAUAUACUAUACAUAUACGACAAUGCGAGUAGAGUAAAGGGUCUGAUAUUUAACUAGUAUAUACUCAAAUAUAAAGUCCAUUUGAUAUGUUUAUGUCGAUAUCUGUAGUGUUGGUCAAGACCCGAUAUAUUAAGCACAACUUACAGUCUCAUAUAUAAAUAGAUAUGUAUUAUAAUGAAAUUAAACAAAUGAAUAUUAUGGUCUAUAUUAAUAAUAUUAUAUGCCAUGGAAUAGGAACGAAAGUGCAGUAUAUAGGAAUAGGAUCGAAAGUGCAGUACUGCGCUGCACUAUAUAGCAUAUAUAGUGCAGCAGAUAGUAUAGAAUUGAGCAGCUCAAGAAACGAUGCACGCAGCACCUUGGAAUCUCGAUUAAGCGACUUUAAGUAUAUAAAAUCAGUAAAGUUUGAGUUCAUCAAUCAUGGAAUUACCGACUGAGUGAAGCUAGAUCUAGAGUUAAUUUAGGGGGGUUCAUAUUACCAUUACAUUAUAGGAAAGAUUCCCGAAGGGGGACUGUGUUUGUGUCAGUUUCUAGUCAUGCAUCUUCAACACAUAUAACAAAACGUAGGAUUUUUAAAUUUUUAUUGCUUCCUUACACGAGCGCUAUGCCUAUAUGAUGCAGAAUGCCGUCGAAAUUAGUUAUACGAAACUUAUAAAGCAAUUAUAAUCGAUGGCGAUGCAACUUUUACAGAAUUGGUCACAAACGAAACUUUCUAGAACUAUGUCUAUGUCUAUAGUGAGCCCUUUAAUUAAACACACAUAAUUUAUGUCCUGUAGCUGGUCAUUCAUGGUUAACAGCAAAAAUAAGGUAAGAUUGCUAUACAAACAUUUAUUUCGCAGAGUUUGAUUUCCGUUGAUUUUACGUUGGCGUUCUCCAUACUUUAAAUUGCAUAAUAAUGCUUCUUAAAGAAUAAAAAGAACAUUUUUAAAAUACAUGGAAUUGUUAUGGGCAAUUUAGGAAAUCCAUACAUAUCAUCUGUGAUAUGGUAUAGCGUAAUGGUAUCGCCAAUGUGCGAUACAGUAUAUGACCCCGCGUAUAAGAAUCUAGAUUUUAACUGACCUGUUAGGCUAAAAUUGCUUAUUUAGGCCCCUUUUAUCAUGCACAAGAACCUGUUUAGGCUAAAAUUUCAAACAGGUUGUUAUUUUAUUUUUAUCACUCUAAGAGUUGAAACAAAACAUUUAUAUAAAUCAAAGAAAAUAAACUCUUCACAAAGACAAAGUAAUGAAAAUGACCCCAGAAGUCAGAAUCCUGCCGGGAUAUGCAUGUCAUAACAUAUAUAAUAAUUAAACAACAUGCAUGUCUGUAUGCAUGCCGACAUCAACAGAAAAUAACUGUAUCCACAUCAACGGCGAAACUGAGUCCCUUUUUUUCUUUAGAAAAUAAGAACAUAUUAAGAACCUGUUUAGCCUAUAUAUAAUUUCACCGAUAAGCACCAUUUAUAUAUAGAUUUAAAAAUAAGAACCUAUUCAGAACCUGUUUAGCCUAAUUUCACCGAUAAGCACCAUUUAUAUAUAGAUUUAAAAAUAAGAACCUAUUCAGAACCUGUUUAGCCUAAUUUCACCGAUAAGCACCAUUUAAUAUACGAACCUGUUAUAGUAGAUUCUUAUGUACGCGCGGGGUCUUAUACUGUAUGGUAUCAAAGUCAUGAAACAGAAUUCCUUUAAUCAAAUUAAGUAUAUGUCAGUUUCUAGCAAUUCUCGUACACGUACGAGAUCUACACUAAUGCCGGUUUUUGUGCCUUUUGUCGUAUACUGGCUUAAAUAUAUCGUGUUUCUAAAGCCUAUAAUCUAUAUAUAGCAGUUAUAUAUAGUAUCAAAGUUUCUGUGAUCACAGUAGGAAUUUUGCUUAGGUAAAUUCUACGUUUUGAAGGAUUUGUAAGAAAUGUUUGAGGGAACUCAAUCAUUUCUUACAAAUCCUUCAAAACAUAGAAUUUACCUAUGCAAAUUUUGAUUAUGCAUCAGUGCAUGUGAUCACAUAACUUUGAUAAUGUAAACUACAGAUGGAAUUGAUAUGAAAAACUGAUAGCAUCAGAGGGGUCUUUUUACAGGGACUCGAUAUACUGAUACCAGUGUUUUUACAGGGCUCCGGUACUGAUACCAGUAUUGUUAUCCUGAAGGAAUUACCCUGUAUAUAAAUAAAAUUGUAUCUAUCUUAUAUCAACAGGGAUCAGAGGGCUGAUAUCGCAAGGCACGCGAUCACGGUAUAGGUUUACACGCUGCGAUUUUUCGUGUCUGACGCCACAAAUCAAUCCCUCUGGACCCUCUUAAUUCAGUUUAGUUUAUGGCGAAACGUGAAAUGCAACCACUUCACGCGUGCUUAUUCGAUUACACACGUCAGAAUACGGGAUCGUACACGACAAAUCGCAUGCAGCAUGGAAACGCGCCCUUCAGCCGGUUUUCCAGGCAGGAUUUUGCGCGCGGAGUGGAAUUUUUCUUUGCCUUGUGAUUUCUCAGGUACUUAAGGCGGUUUUCCACUAGGCGAAAUUUUUCGACCGAAUCGAAAUUUCUCUUUGUUUAUGAGCUCUCGAGCAGAACUAAUUGUAAAAAGACAAAGAGAAAUUUCGUUUCGGUCGAAAAAUUCCGCCUCGUGGAAUCCGGCCUUUAAGCCAGUUUUCCACCAGGCGGAAUUUUGCGCGCGGACCGGAUUUUUUCUUUGUCUUUUCCAAUUAGUUCCACCCGAGAAAUCACAAGACAAAGAAAAAUUCCGCUCCGCGCGCAAAAUUCCGCCUAUAGUGGAAAACCGGCUUUACUGUUUCGGCAGUUCCGCAAAAACAAACCACUUAAAAAGGUUCUAUUUGUUCGAACUGAAAAUCCUGCGGUGAGCUGUGUCUGACGUCGUGAAUAUAGGGGGCCACAUGAAGGGCAGACAUGAAACUGGCCGAAUUUUCACGCUAACCGCAUACGAUUUCCCGUGUGAACAAUCAGACUCUAAAGCCCUUUUGCGGAAGGGUAAGGCGUGAUCGCGUGCCGAACGAUAUUAGACUCCCGAUCCUUGUUGACAAAAUCUUCGCGUGUUUAAGCUCCUAUUAAGAUUGUAAUCUGCAAUACUGCGCAAAUGGUUUUGAAUAUAAACCUUUACUUAUCUGGAUGGAAGCUUAACUGCAUGGCAUGCAAAUUCCCAUCCCGCAUGCAUUGUCGAUAAGUGUGGUUUUUUCUGAAGAUGUAUAUGCGUGAUUUAAAUCAGCUAGUGAUAUCCCCCUUCGAUCGAACCAUUUAGAUUUAAGGAGGGGGCAUUGGGGGGUACUCAAUACCGUAAUACCGCAAGCAAAUUUUGUCAAUUACCGCAGCUUUUGAGUCCAAAUUGUAAAUACCGUGUACCGCAAGAUUUCCAAUAUCGUAAUACCGCAAUUUUUCAAGGAAAAUACCGAAAUACCGUAAGAAAAAUAAGCUAAUACCGCCAUACCGUAAAUCCCAAUGUCCCCCUCUUUAAUUAAUAUAUAGAAACUACACAGUCGUUAUUUUGUGAAACAUUUAACCCCCCCCCCCUCCCCCUCAUUCAAUAACUAUGGUUCUACUCAACAUUGUGUUAUAUGGGGGGGGGGGGGGGUGCUAUUGCUACGUUUGUAUAUUAACUAAGAAAAAAAUGGCUUUUGAAAAAUAUACUCCCAUUUCUGCAAAAAGCCUCUCCUAUAACUGUUUAUUCUUUUUUUAAAACUGAAAAACUCCAUAAUUCAUGAGGAAAAGACAAAUUAGGAAUCACUGCCGUGUUGGGGUUUUAUAUGUGAUAAAAAUCGUGUUAAUUUAUGUAAACUUUAACUUGGAUUUUCUCGGCUUAGACAACGUUUAUUUUAAAAAUAGCUUCGCCAAUGUAUACUCAAUAUCAGAUGUGCCGGUUUUUAAGCCAUUUAAAAAAUUCGCAGUCUGUGCCUUAUCAGAUAUGAAACACUCGAGCUGCGCUCUCUCGUGUUUUACAUCUGCAGAUAAAGCACUCCGGCUCGUGUUUUAAACAGUACUUAAACGGUUUCACAUGCAUGACAUUUAUGUUUAUAGCCGUCAUUAAUCUUAAUGUAUAUUUUCACCUGCGGUUUCGAAACUCAAAAAAAAAUGUCAGCAGCAGGGCGCCUCAAAACCCUGUAGGCCCUAUAGUCUGUUAUGAAAAUAAAAAUAAUAACGAAAAUUUUCGAGUGCUUUCUGUAGCUAGAUAUAAGAUAUUGCGGUUGGUUUGGUUGGCGCUGGAAAACUACAAAAGCAGUUUUUUCGAUUAUUUAUAUCGCUAUAAGGCAAGACUAAUUCCUUGGGUUUUGUUGUGCCUGUGUAUGCAUCUACAAAAAUGUAAAAUGGCUAGCAAGGUCAGUAUACAACAGGAAUUAAUAGAGUAUGGAUAUGGAAAGAAAGCGUUUACUCUUGUAGAAGCACGCGCCUAAAUGUUUAAGAGCUAUGUCUUCUAUGUCGGCUUAUUUACGACGAAAAGCGCGUGUUGUAUGACAAACAAACUAAAAUCCUCUUACAGUAUUAGUUAAGUCGUAAGGUGGGGAAUUUCUUUGCCGUAUCCUUCUUGCGACAAGUAGAAGUUAUACCGAAUUUUCUUUACGAAAUGCUACAGCAAAAACCUGACGCACGAACACCUUGUCAAACGUCAAUUAGUGCAUGUUAACGGAAAUGGCAAGAAAAUGUCUGCCAAUUAAUAGGAGUAAAUACGCAGGAAAGGAAAAGCGUUAAUAUAUACUACAGUUAGGAAACGGCUAAAGGUUUAAUAAGAUCGGCAAUUUCAUCGCUUUUCCCAUGUGACAAGAAAAAGUUACACUGAGUUUACACUCUUGUAAUUGUCUGUUCACUUUUUGCUUCAUAGAGCUUCGCGAAGACAAUGCUAUUUCCAGUCUUCCGAGUACAAGCGGUCAGUAUAUUAUAUUGGACAUCGCGGUGUCGUUUGCGUGUAUACACAUCGUCGUUCUCAGGGCUGCUCAGCUUUAUUACGUGGGGUAGACCCUUGUGAUAACCGGAUUACCGCUAUAUGUUAUAAUCUAGAUAAGCUUCUGAUAGAUUGAAAUUUACAAUAUCCCACUGUAUAACUUUAAUUCACUAAUAAUACUUUAAAUAUUUUCAACAAAUGCAAUACAUCCGAAACCCAAUUUCUAUUUCAUUUUCUAUCUUCCAAAAUAAUUGGGUCAUAUAUUAUAUAUAUAUAUUAUAUUAGACCGGUGUUCUUAUAAUUUUGAAAGUCAACUAUUCAUCUAGUAGUAUAUCGCAGCAAUUAUCAGAAAUUCUAAUUAUAUCACAACUUAUGCAUAUGCCAUACAUAUAUAUGCUGUUCGAUCGUGCUGGGAGAUGUCACAACACGCUGUUAUGAUCUGAAAGUUUGGCUUGUCUAUACGCCGAAUAUAACGCUGACAUAGUAUAUAGUUUUGCCGAGUUUCAGUAAGUGGAGUAAUCCGGCAUAUACUUGACAGGAUAACUGUGGCAAAAGUUGGAAAAGAGAGCACACUGUAUGUGUAUGUAUACUAUAGAGUAAUAUUAGCUUUACCGAGUGCAUGAGUGGAGUUCUAUUUUCAACUUGACAAACUGUGUCUGCGGGAAAAGUACUGAAAAAUGAAACACACCGCAUGUAUGUCGGCUGUUGUCUGUACUUUUUUCUUUAUAAUUCUUUAUAUUCACAUGCACUUUUGGAACAUUCAUGCACAUUAAUACAGAAAUUUACAUAGAUUACACAAACAUAAAUACAUAGGUUAUAUAUACAAGUAGCUACUAGCUAGAGUAUUUGGCUGGGUAUAAUUGUGGCUGUAGUUGGAUGAGAGAACACACUGUAUAUGUAUUAUAUACUAGAAUAAUAUUCAGUAUAGUUUACUGACUGAGUGCGGUUUUAUUUAUAUAUAUAACUUGACAAGCUGUGUCUGUGCCGGGAAAAGUACUAAAAAAGAAAACACAUCGUAUUAUUGUAGGCCGUGUCUGCAUGUAUAUACAAAUAAACGGCCAAUUUAAGAAAACUUGAAGAAUUCACUAUCAGCUGGAUAAUAGCGCUAUCUGGCCUUGAAGGGCCCUGAAGGACAACUUCAUGCCGCAUACGUUUAUAGGAUGCAUUUACUACUUCAAAAGGUUCGACCGAAGACCUUUCAUCUGGCCUUUCAUCUAGCGUUUUAUAUAUAUAUAUAUAUAUAUAUAUAUAUAUAUAUAUAUAUAUAUAUAUAUAUAUAUAUAUAUAUAUAUAUAUAUAUAUAUAUAUAUAUAUAUAUUUAUAUAUAUUUAUAUAUAUUUAUAUAUAUUUAUAUAUAUUUAUUUAUAUAUAUACUUAUUUAUAUAUAUAUUUAUUUAUAUAUAUACUUAUUUAUAUAUAUAUUUAUUUAUAUAUAUAUUUAUUUAUAUAUAUAUAUAUAUAUAUACAUAUACAUAUAUAUACAUAUACAUAUACAUAUACAUAUACAUAUACAUAUACAUAUACAUAUACAUAUACAUUAUACAUAUACAUUAUAUAUAUAUUUAUAUAUAUAUUUAUAUAUAUAUAUUUAUAUAUAUAUAUAUUUAUAUAUAUAUAUAUUUAUAUAUAUAUAUAUUUAUAUAUAUAUAUAUAUAUAUAUUUAUAUAUAAGAACAGCGCUGAAAAAAUUGUAUAAGAACAAUGUCAUACGGCUAAUAUAAGAAAUAGAAUGAAACCAAGCUCUUUAUACCAGAAUGAAAAUUUACAGAUGAUAUCAGUACAUGGGUAUAGUCCUAUAGGUUGGCCAUAAUCAAACGUUGGUUGAAUCAACGGUUCAAUGCUGCGCCCGUCUGCUUUGCGUCAUCUAUAGAUGCAAACAAAUCGAGUUUUUAAGAAGCCAUCCGUAUGCGGCUCUGUCUUGAAAGAGUUGCCGCCUUUGCAAUCAUAAAGUAAUUAUAAUGAACAUGCAUGGCUUGCAUGCAUGUAUAAGUAAAAUGUGAGACGAAUUUCGAGCAAUUUAUGUCUAAUUAGCGGCCUUUUCCUACCUGCCGCGAAAAUUUAAUGGGAAAUACAUAACGUACUGUGAUUCCUUAACACAAAACGUAUCGGUUCUAAUCACUGAUUAGUACAGAUCGGAGGUUCUAAUGUGAUAAAAUUUGCCCUUGUAAAAACAUGUAUUAUAUAUGUCCCGCACUGAUAAUUCAAUAAGAGCUAAUGAAUUGAUACAAAUAUAGAGCUCUACCUUUGCCGAAAUCAGAUGCAAGCAGAGAUCGUAGUCUCAAAUAAAAAAAAAAAACACCAAAAGAUUUUCAAAGUAUUUUUCUGCUUAUUUUCAAAGACUUUCAAAAACCUUUGAGAGCUAGCAAUCAGCUGUUGAAAAAUUAAGAUUGUAUAUAUGAGCGCCAUUUUUAUACCCAGUAAUUAGUCCAUAAAAUACGCCUUCGAUUGUGAAAAUGUUGCUGCGAUUGAUCUAUAUUUUAUUAGCUGAGGAAUCGUAGAAAUCAAUAUUUACUAAGUCUAAGAAUUUCUUUAUUUACUAGUCUUUUAAAAUCUAUAAGGCUUUUAAAACGUUUCUGCAUUUUUUCCUAUACAAUUCAAAGACUUUUCAAAGACCUUAAAGACCAACAAAGCAACACUCUAUAUAAUUUAUUUGGGGGGCGUUCAUAUACUAUAGCGGUUUAGGUGGAUUCGAAAUGCCGUCCGUUAUAUUGGCCAAAUGUGGAUAACCGCAAGAUCGAUCUAAACCAGACCACCUCGAGAAGAUCGUUUCGGAUCAGUUCACGUUUUAUAAUCGGAGCUACUUUCUUGCUUAGCGCUGCAGCCUGGCAUCUUUUCCCGUUUAUUAACGGGUUAUCAAGAACCAGAAACACCGGACGCGAUUCGACAACACAGCGCGAUUUUUCGAUUUUCACUGGCCGAUAACUUUGAUCCUGGUUUAAGUUUUUCGAAUAUUUAUAACAUUUUCAGGUUAUUUGGGCUGUUUUACAAACUUUCAAACACUCAUUAAUAACCCAUAAGCUUAUUGGCAAACCAUGUCAACCAUAAUAUGUCACGUGCAGUGGCUUUAAACCUGAUAAAAUACUCCUAACUAGUAUUCUUUAUAUAAAGAAUACUAAUAUGGCAGUAUCUAUAGUUGUCGUGUCCUCAUUAGUAUUUUUUAUAUAAAGAAUACUAAUAAUUAGGCGGUAUAUCUAUUGAAUUUGUAGUCGUGUUUGAAGCAGUUUAAUAAACUCGUAGGUCGUGUUUUAUUAGGUCUAAAGCAGGACGCUUAUAUAUAAGCGCCCUGGUCUAAAGCCACUCGCGCUGCGCGCUUGUGUCUUUAAACCUAAUAAAACACUCCUGCUCGUUUAAACAGUACUUCAAAAACUGAAAAAUCGCGCCGCGUUGUCGAAUCGCGUCCGGUGUCUCGCGGCCUUUAUAGUUGAUUCGCUUAAUCCUUCGGUUAAUCUCGAGAACUCGAGAAGAUGAAAUAAACACACUCCGCAUAUAUUAACAUCUUGUAAACUCAAGAUAGGUUCGACAAUGACCUUGAGCUAAGGUCGAAAUCUUUAUACCUUGAAUUUUGUUAUCUUGUUUAAAUAGCACGAAUCUUGUGUGAUUAACGAUUCAGCCUGCAAACAGGCGCUUUCUAAGCUAUUUUAAAAUGAAACAGCCAAUGACAAUCAUAUUGGAUUAAUCUACUAUACUUGGUGUUGUUGGCAGGCUAAUCUUUAAAAGGGGGAACGGGGGAAUAUCUUGGGGAAUAUCAUAUUCCCCCCUUUUAAAGAUCUUUAAAAGGGGGAAUAUAUAUCGGGGAAUAUCAUGCAUAUUCGAGAUAUUACUCCUUUCAAAGAUAUUUAAAAAGGGGGAAUAUGAUACUCCCGAGAUAUUCCCCCAUUCCCCGAUUUUAAAGAUAGCCGCUGUGGGCAUAUAUAGAAAGAGGUUUCCACAAUUUCUGGUUCAUGGCAAAAAGCGAAUAUAUUGUCUAGAAAGCAGCUAGUAAUCACUGAUAUUAGCGUUGUUUUCAGAACAAGUGGAUGACUAAUGAAGUCAGUCUAAUAUAACUGUCUCAGUCAAUAAGUCAUUAGGGAGCUUUAGAUUUGACUACGAGUACGACUACGAGUACGAGAUUCGUCAAGCUAAACGCAGGCUGUAUGCUUACGCCAUCUCGUACUGACGCGAAAAAGUCGUAGCCGUCCCCAUCUGAGUACGAAAUUGUGCAGAAAUCUCGCAGUCCUCACGACGACGUUUCAAAAAAACAAAGAAAGUUGGCUUUUUUUUGUUUUCCAAAACUAAUUUGUAGCAUUUAUAUAGCGUUCAUCCGGCGCAAAUAAUUUAUUACUACUAAAUAUCUGGCCUGUUUUUAAUGUUAUGACUUAUUUACACGUUUUGUAGGGGGAUUUUAGUAUGCAGGAGAUUUAGUUUAUGAAACUUUUUCUCUCGUUGUUUGUUUACUGUUAUAAAAGCAACAUUUGAAUGGAAACGAAAACGACUACGGUAAUUUCCUCGCACGCGAUCAAAUCUCGUACUCGAUGUAGUCGUACUCGUAGUCAAAUCUAAAGCUCCCUAUUAGGAGAGGUGCGAGAAGCUACAUUUUUCAAGCACGACCAAAAAUUACACAGAAAAAAUGGCAAUGCCGCUGGGCAUUUAUUCAUGGCAUCGUGGGCUCAGUCAAUAAUUUUCGCGCGCUUUUAGUUUCGUAAGUUUAAAGUGUUCUAAAUAAUAUGCUUGAGUCACCUAAUAUUGGUUUUGGACCUAUAAACAUUUCUUAAUCUCAAAAUUCUACCAAUAAAUAAUAAACUGAAAACUUCGCCAACUAACACCGCGGAAAAACGUCUGCGCAUGCACCAAAUUAUGAAAAUAUGGCGGGGAAUUUGAAUAUCAAUUUCUAAAACAAAAACCGCCAUUUUGAGCCUUCGGAAACGUUCGGAACAGCUUCUCAUCAAGUUCGCAAUACUAUUACAGGUAAGGUGGACGCAUGCGCAGACGUUUUUCCGCGGUGUUUCGCCAACUAUAUCUUGAAAUAAUUUAGUAGAUCGCCUCAUUAAUAAUCUACGCAUGCUCAGUGAGCUCAUCCUAGGCGCAACUUCCGAUUGUGACAUUACUAAUCUCAUGCAUUAAUAAUAGUUUUAAUUAUUUUGUACCGUGCUGUAUGCAUAGUUUAUGUAAUACCCCCUCAAGGAAAUCAUCUGUAAUAGUUGGCUAUAGCACGAUUAAAUAGAUCCGUAUCAGUGCUGGAAUAUGUCUGGCCGCGCCAGUUUCCAGGAAAUGUUUAACAAAAUAUCUUCCAGGAAAUUUUCUUACAUCUUUUUGUCAUGCAAUUGACCACUUGUGUGAUAGACUAAAUUUUGAUCUAAACAAAAAUUUCAUCACAGCUUGAAAGAGCAUCACAAAAUUAGUAAUAUUCCAAAAUUUCGUUGCGAAAUGUUGUAAAAUGCGGAUAUUUAUAUAGCCUUUCGAAAUUUGCAAUUUUCAGUCAUUUUAGACUGAAAAUUGCAAACUUCGAAAGGGUAUAUUAUCCGCAUUUUACAAAUUUCGCAACGAAACUUUGGAAUAUUACUAAUCUUGUGAUGCUCUUUCAAGCUGUGAUGAAAUUUUUGUCUAGACUUGUUUAGAUCAAAAUUUAGUCUAUUACGCAAAUGGUCCGAAUUCUAUAUGCCAAAUAUUUUACUUAUUGUUUACAAAAGCGUUUUGCAAGUCGAGUUUGUCUUGUACCAUUGUAUCGUAUCGUAAAAAUUUAUUUCAAUACGCUAGCCUCAUCAACAUAACGUUGGUUUUUAUGAGGGGCGUCGUCAAUUUAUUUGCAAAGUAUUUACAAGAAAAUACGUAGAAACAAAGAAAAACUAUUUACAAGAGUGCAUGCUGAAUACAGGAGGUGUGACCCAUACAUUAACAUUAGUAACAGAAUCAAAGAUUAAUAUUUUGUUUGAAAAUAUGGAUUGAUCGUGCCUCUUUUGCUUCCCGAGAAAGGCUAUUCCAAAGCUUUGCCCCGCUGUAUUUAAAACUUUUUUUAGGAAUUCCCUUCUCGGUUUUGGGAGAGCUAAAUCAUGCAGUAUAGUAGCUAUUUCUUAAGUUAUAGUUCGCUUGCGUUAAACUACUCCCAAUAAAUGACUCUUUCAAGUUAGGAGCAGUAUAAUCGUUUAGAAUUUUAUACAGAAGAAUGCACUUCAUCUUCUGUCUUCUACUUUUUUAAAUUUUCCCAACCAAGAGUUUCAAGAACAACAGCAGAAUCAAUUUCGUAACUCGCCAGCAAUUAUUCUUGCCGCACGAUUUUGAAAAUUCUGACGUUUGUCAAGCAGUUGCAUAUGUGCCACAAGUGUCCCACAGUGGACAGUAAUCAAAAUAAGGCUGAAUCAUACGUUCUCUGAAAGCUACGUCAUGCACAGGAAGUAUAUUUGACUUAUACAGGAAAUUUUUAUUUCCGAAUUUUGCUGCCAAGAAGAGAAAUAUAUAUAAUUAUUUUCUGUAUAUGUAUAUUUUAUAGGUCUAUAAAUUUGACAGAAAAUAAAAAUAUAUUCACAAUCUCUAUUCGUAUAGAGCAAAUUCAUUCAAUGACAUUGGCAUUACCAUUUAGCCUUGGCGCUUGUGCGCGGUGUUUUGAUUAGAAUACGCCUCCCAAUCAAUUAAUACACAACUUAACUUAACAUCGAUCUAAGAUAAGACGAUGUAUAUGUCCAAGUUUAAAAGCUAAAAACCGUCAGUGCAAUUUGCAUCUUUAUAUAAAUGAAAUGCUCAUUCAAUAUCUUUCAAUUUGCAUAUCACAUCUGUAGCGAAAGUAAAUUACAUUUCAUGAAUAAUUUAAAUAAAAAAAAAUAAGUCUGCGCACAGAACCCGCGAGACAAUGCUAUAGUCGGUCGAGUAAAAUCCAUUAAAAUCAUUGGAACAUUCUUUUCAACAUAAUUAAAGUAUAAAGUCUGGGGGUUAAAGAUAAGUUAGUUCACAAGAGCAAAGGUCUGUAAGGCGUAAGUAAAAUUUAAUCUUUAUAUUAUAUAGAUUCAUGUACUUCUGUACACUAAUGCAUUAUACAGGAAAAAAACACAAAAACAUUAAUGCAUUAUACAGGAAAAAACACAAGGUACACGAAAAUAUAGGAAAUAUAUUACGUUAUUGUGUCUGCUUAUAUAUUGGCUAUUCCUUACUUGAACAUGACGUCACUAAGUGUCAUUAGGCGCCAUCUUGGUUGAUUUUAAAGUUUUGUCCAGCCGUUUACAUCGAAAUAGUUUAGUUACUUUAAUCAAUUUUUGGUUUGUUUUGAAAACAUCUUACUGUAUCAUGGAUAGUUUACGAUUUCUGGCACAAUACGACAAAGAAUGAAGAAUAUAGAUUUUUAGUUGCCACGAAAAUCAACCAAGUCCAAGACGACGUCGAUUGCGAAGGAGCAAUAAAUGCUUUAUUGUGUAAAUUAGUUGAAAUUUUAAGGCGUUUUUCCCAAAGGUGUAGGGUAAACCAAGAAUAUUUGCCUGUAUAUAAAACAAAUCAUUCAAAUUGCUAAAUUACGACGGCCCUAAAUUUAAGAAAAAUAUUUUGAGCGAUUAAAAUAAAAGCCUGAUCUUUAUGAACUAAUGUAGAUUAUUAAAAGUACAUAAAGACUUUUGAGUGCGCAAGGAAAAUUUAGAACUUUCAUGGUUUUUAUUAACCCAUGCAUAGAGCGCCAGCGCUCUCCCCUUGACAAAUAAAAUCGUCUGGCGUGAGACAGACAGUCUGGCCACAGAAUAAUCACGGUCUGGCGUUAGACUAGAAUUGUUCUUCGUCUUGUGAUUUCUCGGGUGGAACCAGUUAGAAAAGACGAAGAGAAUUCCGCUCCGCGCGCAAAAAUUGGGUUAAGAGCGAACCCUGAUUUUAAAAUGAGAUUGGUGAAUUAGCAAAGCUCGCGCUCCAUUGAAUAACUCAAGUUUGGGGGAUUGUUUGAAGCCUAUAGACGUAUCAUUAAUUGUUCUUGAAAGGCUUUUAAGCCAGAUUUCCAUUUUCAAUCGUAUCGUACCGAAACGUAGGCGUUUUUCUUUGUUUCCCGAGCACUAGUGUGGAACUAAUGACUUCGACACAUAAGAAAAUGCUAUACGGUACGUUACGACAUGGAUGAAGUGGAAAAUUGGCUUUAAAGGCUUAUCAAAACAUAGUCUUAUUCAAGAUCAUCAGAUACCCAGCUGCCAUUGUUAUUAUGUUUGCUAUCACUUUUAAACGCAUAUAUAUUGAAAGAAAGUCUUAUCACAAGUAUUCUUCCUUGCAGCCGUUAAACAUCGCAGUGGGUGGGAUAUAUAUGUAUACAUAUCCACUUGUGACGUAAUAUUCAUAUCCCCAAGAUGGCGGACAUUCGUCACAUAAAAUAUUUCAAGAAUUAUUUUUCGAUAAUUACGUCACGACUACACUGUUUUCAACUUAGGACCACCUUAAAUGGAAAGGAUUUCAAGUUUUUUCUCAUGGGCUAUGCACAGAGAAGCAGAACAUCCUUCUUCAACAUAUGCAUGAAAAAAAUUUUGAUCAAUAAAUAUGGAAAUAAGCAUUAACACGUUUUGUGUUAAAGCUUAUUUCCACAUUUAUUGGUCAAAACAAAGAAUUAUUUUUCAUGCAUGUUCUGAAGGAUGUUCUGCUUCUUAGCCCAUGAGAAAAAAACUUGAAAUCCUUUCCAUUUAAGGUGGUCCUAAGUUGAAAACAGUGUAGUUGUGACGUAAUUAUCGAAAGAGUGUAUUACUGUGAGCCCUUUUACCUAACCCACCCUGUCAACUUUCCCUGUGGGAGGUAAGCGGAGAAAACCCACGACUUUCGGCAGAGCGUUGACUUUUACUCUUUUCACAUGAGGACUAGAGAUUUGAACCUGCGACCUUAGAAGUGAAAGGCAAGUGCGCUAACCACUUCGCCACCGAAGCCCCCUAAACCAAGCCACAACCAGGACACGGACCUGGACAGUGGCGCCGUGAGGCGCAAUGUAAUUCUGUAUUCUGUAAUUAAUGUAUUCCUGCAAGAGGGCUGAUAGUUGCAUUUUUCCCAACUGUUCCUAUUUAGGUCUAAUAAAUGAUUGUAGUUGUUGUCUGUAUUACAUAGGAGCCAUGGAUAAUUUCAAUACUUCGACAGCCGCCACAAUCGUAUCGACCACGUUCCGUUCCGACGGCGGCACGAAUAUCGACGAAGAUGCACUUCAACUGAGCGUGACAAUCGUAUUGGCAGUAUUCAUCGUCCUGUCAGUCGUAGGCAACAGUCUUGUGUGCUUUGUUUUCUACAAGCAACCAAAUCUACGACGUGUAGUUUACUAUCCAGUGAUCUCCCUGGCUAUUGCAGAUCUUCUGUGCGGAACACUGGCGAUGCCGGCGUAUAUUGCAAAGAAGCACGUUCGCGGGGGAUGGUGGGAAGGUUUCACGUGCGAUGUGUUUCGUUUCACGUAUUUCUUCACUGAGUAUGCGUCCGUGUUGAGCCUGAUGGCCAUUAGCAUCGAAAGAUACAUUGCUGUUAGCAAACCGGUUACUCACAGGUAAGCCCACUGGUCUCAAACCUACGACUGGACGGCACAUGUAUGUAUGUAUGAAUAUGUAUGUACAAUUUAUUUAAAGAUGCUAGCCUCAUCAACAGGUGUUGAUUUUCAUUAGGUCACAAACCAUAUAAAAAUAUUUACAAAUAUAUUUAAAGUAGGUGUGUCCCAUACACGAGUAUUAAUAUUAAUUACUAAUUUAGAUAUUCGUUUUAAAGGAAUAAAUUGAUUGCGCCUCUUUCGCUUCCAGAGAAAGGUACCCUUUUUUUUUGAGACACCCUAUAGUAUACAGGGUGUCUAAAAAAAGUGGACUUUAGAACGUCACGAUAUUGUUAUAAUUUGAAUGCCUGAGUCCUAUGUAGGGGAUUUUAGCCUGCAUGAGAUUUAGUUUAUAGAAACUUUUUCUCUCGUUGUUUGUUUACUACUAUAAAAGCAACAUCUGCACGGAAACGAGAACGACUUCCUCGCACGCGAUCAAAUCUCGUACUCGUUACUCCCUAUUAUCUCGUGUUUAAAACGUUCUAAACCUCAUUUAGAAAAGGCGUGGGAAGCUAUAUCUUUUAACUUACGUAGAAAAAGAUAUUUGCUUGACAAUAUAACUAAUUUAAUUAAACACGUAACGAUUUGAUUCGUGAGGAAUGGGACAGAUUUAAAAAUCUCUCCACAUUAUUAAGUAUUUGUCGCGGUAGUCGUGCUGCUUGAAAACGUACGCAGUUAAUGCUUAUAAUGUAAAAGUAUGUAGAUGGUUGCGUGCACAAUUUAGUUGUUUGUGCCAAGUUAGUUAUAAACGGACAUAGAUAUGUUAUCUCAUAUUAAGGAACCGUGGCGGGGGUUGGGUAAUAAAAAAUAUUUUCAUUAUUUUCAUGACUAAAAAGCAAUGUCACUGAACAGUCACAUGUCAAUACAAUAUGUAAAUAAAUCAAUCAGAGUCACUAUCUUGAUCAUUUUCCGGUUUGUCAGGAGGCAAAUGUUGUCUCCAAAGAAAGUACAUGUGCAGACAACACGAAAGUUUAGACUGCAGAAAAUUGCACAAACAGUUAUCAAACUCGUAUCACUGCAUGGAGUAAUAAAGGACAUGUGUGACAACGGUAAAAAUUUUUUUGACUUUUUUAUGACUUUCAACAACAUUAAAAAUUCAGAAGCAGCAUUCGGUAGUCAAAUAUGAUUGAGACGUUUGAAAUCACGAACGUGAAACUACAUUGACUACCGUUCUUGAUUUCAAGCAAGAACUGCUAACGCCAUCUAUAACGGCUCGAAUGACUUUCGGCUGGAGUGGGUGUUGUCAAAACGUCGCUUGCUCCAGCUCCCUAAAAGCUGUCAUAUUUACCAUUAACACUAUCAUAACUACUUCAUUCCUAGGACAUGGUUAACGAAGCGAAAGAUGACCGCUUUCCUGGUAGGAUCGUGGCUCGACGCCGCAAUCGUCUCCGUCCUGCCGUUCUUUUGGCGAAGAGGCACCGACGACGAACCGUGCAUUUACGAUCCGACGCGAGAAUGGAGUUUAAUGGUUAUCGGUAUGAACGUCUUCACUCCAUUUUUGAUCAUGUUGUUCUGUCAUAUUUACACAGUCAGCUUUGCGCUACGAUACUCUCGAAAACGGAAGUUGGAAUUGUUAGCAAAAGGAAACAACCCAACCAGCCCGCAGUACGAUUGGCAGCCCGCAACGGAACUGCGAGAUAAAAACACCCUAAAACGCGAACGCGAUAUAACCCGCACGCUGGGUUUGGUAGUCGGCGUUUUCGUCCUAUGCUGGGGUCCCUCGACGUUUUAUUACUUUAUCCAAAUGGUGUGCCCGCACUGCUUCAUGCCAGCGUUCAAGAGCGUCAAACCGAUAUUCAAUGCGGUCGUGAAACUGAUGACGUUUCUAAAUUCGUGCGUGAAUCCGCUCAUCUAUUACUGGUUGAAUCGCGUGCUCAGAAAUGCGUUGUACGAGUCGUUGCUUGGGAAGGAAAGGAUGAGAAAGAAGAGAGCUAAACGUGUGAGCGCCAUGAUGCAAGAAAGCACAUCUCCGACUAAAUGUCCACAUAAGGAUAGAAACAGUUGGAACACGAAGAGACUUUUAGACACGAAUGACUCGGACGAAAGAAAUUCAAAGAUUCAAACACAACUUUGAAGGGAAAUACAACCGCUGCACCAGACAGAAUUCCUGCCAUCGAAUUCACAACAUUCGAUAAAUCAUAUCCCUAGUUAUAACCCAAUUUGAAUUUUUGACAGGCUUAAAUGAACGGUUCCUAUUGGAUAGAUUUAAUAGGCAAUUCCAGCUUUUAGUUUAUGCCUGCAGGGGAUGAUGGGAAGUAAGGUAUCAUAUUACUGAUUACGCUGAAAAAUGUCAAUAAAAACUACCAAAACAACCGAAAUAUUUCAAUAUUUACAAGUAUAAGCUAUCACUCCGUGUUUACACGGCCACCAUUCUUAUUUUUUCAGCAUAGUCAGCAAUGUGAUACCUUACUUUCCAUCGUACCCUGCACGCAUAAACUAAAAGCUGGAAUUGCCUAUUGGAUAUAAGUAAUAUGAAUUUUUUUUCUGUGUUGGUGUUGUGUACUCAGGUGAAUAAUAUGUUUGCGAUGUUACUCUGAGUGCAUACCCACACCGGGCGAGCUUGAAAAAUAUGCCCGGCUACGGUGGGAUUCGAACCUACGACCUUUGGAAUACUAGCCCAAUGCUCUUCCAACUGAGCUACGCGGUCAGGACGGUUCGAGUAAGUGAUAUUUCGGAACAGUAUCUAGUUCCUUCGAUAUCAAUGUGUUCUAACCGCGUAGCUCAGUUGGAAGAGCAUUGGGCUAGUAUUCCAAAGGUCGUACGUUCGAAUCCCACCGUGGCCGGGCAUAUUUUUCAAGCUCGUCCGGUGUGGAUAUGCACUCAGAGUAACAUCGCAAACAUAGGAUAUAAGUAAUGUUUAUGCAAAGGCGGACCCAACUUGACAAGAGCGAAAAGUGGACGUAUUUCGCUUCUCGAUGUGUUUUCGGCAGUCCCUCCUUUCCCCUGGCACGCCUGGGAAGCUAAUAAACCCGCGGAAAGGAGGGACUGCUCGCAGUCUAGUGGGGCUAUAAGAGAAAGAUAAAUAAUGAUCGAACAGUAGACAACUUGCAUCCAUUUGAUCUCGCGGAACAGGCCUGGCACAAGUUGUAAAAUAGAAAUCCAUUUCUUGUUUAACAUUUAUAUUCAAUAUCUCAUCAACAGUAUUAGAUUUCUAUCUCAAAUUUGUCCCAGACAUUCAUUUCCCUGUGUAAGAUACAGACACAAAGCUUCAAACAGUUUCACAAAAGAAUCAGGGCAUGACAAGUGAUUAAAAGUACGAAACUGGAUUUCUAUUCUGUUGCUAGUCCCAGUCCUUUUGCUCACCGUCAGAUCACCUGGAUGUUAGACUAACAGGGUUCUCAAUAGAAUUUGGAGUAGGAGGCUUUUCGAAAGAAGUAAGCGGGUAUGCGGUGCCGAAGGUACCUCACCGAGGAGGGUUCGAGGACGUCUUCCCGUGAAGAUUUUUUGAAAUUUACACCAUCUGAAAUGGAAAUUCCAGCCAUUUUUGGAGUAGUUUUGUAGAUUUUGUCAUAUCCAAAUAUUUAGAAGUAUUGAAACCUUUGACAUUUCUUUGGUAAGGAAAUAUUUUGUUUUAUAAUCGGGAGAAAUAGCCGGUGAUUGUCUACGCUAUAGACGGCGAAAAUCGCCGGGUGCCGGCCUCUAUUGGGAACCCUGGUAACUAAGAGAAGGGAAUCAAACACCACAGCUAAAAAGAACAUAAUGAAAUUAGUAAAAUUGCAAAAUUUGGUUGCGAAAUGUUGCCGUGAACCUUGAAAAAUAUAAUCUUGCAAAAUUUGCAAAUUCUGUAUAUAAAUUGUUACUAUUUUCAGCUCAAACUUCGCAAGGCUAUAUUUUCCGUAUUUUACAAUUAUAUUUCGUAACCAAAUUUUUGCAAUUUUACUAAUUUUAAUAAGUUCUUUGCCUAGAUAAAAAAUUACUCUAACAUGCAAGUAUUGUUCCAGUCUCAGCUACAUACAUGUUAUAGUUCAACUGUAAUUUAUAGCGACGCAGAACGCAAUCUCGUUCCCCGAGCCUGCGAUCCUCAGGAAGGAACGCGAGGCUCUGGGAUUAUCCGUUUCAGGGAGGAAUCUGAUUGGCUGUUGAAAUGGAAUGCAUAGUUCAAUCUUAGCCAGGAUUCCUGGCUUCCGACAACGGAUUAUCCCAGAGCCUCAUGUUCCUUCCCGAGGAUCGCAAAAUCGGGGAACGAGAUUGCACAGAACGCAUCAUUUCAUUUGGAUGCGCAGUGGAGAUUCCAAAUUGGUGUAUUGUUCUAGUUUACAAAAGCAUAGAAUAGAACAACGGGGAAUCAUGGUGCAGUAGACAAAUUUGGCUAUUGUUGGCUUGUUUAUAUUUUUGCUAUUCAAUUCACAAAUUUGGAUAACUUAGUCUAGUUACUGUUUUUCUACUUUAGAAAGUCUACAAAAGCAUAGAAAAGAUACACUAGCUUUAAAUAACUAAGCUUUGUGAGUUGGCAAGUUGGAGAGUUUUCUCAUGAAUUUUACGUUUUGUCCGAUCAAAGCAUUUUAUGACCGGACAUGUGACAUCACAUCUCCAAUCUCAAAAAAUUGUUUAUUUAACAAUUUUUUAUUAAUGAAACCAACAAGAAAGCAUUAUAGACAGCACUUAUCCACUAUUUCUUGCUGCAUUAAGCUGUAAAAAUUAUAAAUCCGCAUCACCUUCGUGUACAUCAUACAUAUAGAAAUUAAAGUUAUGUAUAACCUGAACUAUAAUUUACUGACGCAUUAGGACUGGUAGAUAUAUACUAAGUUUUAGAAUUUAGAUGCAUUGCAGUACGGACUAACAUGAGCAAGCAAAAAAUAGAUCGUGCUAAUUUUCAAAAAAAAAUUGAUGUCCUACCAAUUUUUGGCUUGGCCAGACAUUUGUCCUUCCAAGUAAUAUAAUUAUUUGCAGGUCUGAAUAACUUUGAGUAUGAGCCACUAAUUGUACUCUAGGGUGUAUUCAUUAGGGCCAUUUAUACAAGCGAAAAUAAGCCGCAGCCUGAAUAAGCCGCGGGUUAAAUAAGUCACGAACGACUCGUAUAAACAGUCAAUUUGCAAUACGCGUUGUUUAUACGAGUUGUUCGCGACUUAUUUAAGCUGCUGCUUAUUUAGACUGCGGCUUAUUUUCGCUCGUGUAAAUGACCCUAUUGUCUCCUACGUUGUAAUGAAUACCUUCUGGCCAAAAGGGUUGCAGGUUCAUCUCAUUGUAACCAAUAUAAAACAAAUUUCAAAAUUAUUCAUGAAUUUGUUAAUUUGGUGCAAACUUUGGAAAAAUAUAUUUCACAUAUAUAUAUAUAUAUAUAUAUAUAUAUAUAUAUAUAUAUAUUAUCUGUGUACUAUUGGGUCAUUUCAGAAAACAAUCAUACCUCCACCACAGAAGGAAUUGGAAGUUACCCCCCAGGGCUACCUCCUUCGGAUGUCCUAAUAAAUGCAUUAUUAUCAGAAACAAAUUUUCUUCCCCGUCCUUCUCCGGAUGGCAGAAAUUUUCUCUGUGGGGGAGGUGUGUAUCUUUUCUGGAAUGACCCAUUCCUACCAAGAUGUAGAAAAUUCACAAAUGGACUUUUUUACCAUUAAAUACCACCAAUCCAAUUAGCGUCAAAACGGCUGCAAUAAUGAUAUUCCGAUUAAAUAUGUCCAUUUCAUUCGUCACAUGCCGUUUAUCGAACUGCUCUUUAAUGGCGGAAUUCCGUUUCCGUCGUUUCAUUGCUUCCUGGUUAUGUUUAAUCAUCCAGUCGUCAAAAUCAUAGACGAUCCUUUUGCCGUGGAAAUGUUGCGACUGUUGUCCUUUAUUCGCUUGCUUUGCUGCUGGCGAAGGGUUAUAAGUUAUCGAUAACCCCCGAUCGUAUUUCCGUCGGUCUGACAAAUUCCCCAGUACGUUAUAAGCUUCGUUAAUGGCGGUAAAAUAAUCAUGUGCCAUUUCAGACUCAUUUGUAUCUGGGUGAUAGAGUUUCGAAAGUUUGUAAUAUGCUUGCUUUAUCUCGUCUUGUGUCGCAUUUGGAGUCACUUUUAAAAUUGUGUAAUAGUUUUUUUCACCCGUAUUAAAUCUCAUAUUAGAGCUUAAAGUUCUGUAAAGUGUCAAAGGUACUACGCUUGCUAGCCGGUUGAUUCCAAUAUGCCUGCAUAUCUGACCAUACAUCUGCCCACAUAUAGACAUAUUUCAAACGUUUAAACCCAACUUUAAGCUGUAAAAAUUACAGUUUAAACGGAUAUUUAUCUAGUACGGUAUUUAUUUACCUUCCUUAUCCACUAUAAUGAGUUCUACGAGUCUUCAUUCUAUGUUAAAAAGACGUUUUUCACAGCCAUAAAUUUGUGUUUUGAAUCGUUUUGCAAAAUUUCGAGAUUUGGUCAGAUGAACAUGCACUACCACGG